AUGUCGACCUACUAUGUGGGACCUUUCGGGCUACCUGGAAAUCAUCCCUACCAACUUCCACCACCGCGCACAUUGGAGUCUCUGCAAUUUGGAACAGACCCGUUUCUAUCCCAGCGAAACCAUGAAGGAAAAGGGAACCCCAGAGUCCGCUCAAACGCUCUUGGACAUCAGCCAAUCGUGAACGAACAGCUCCCUUCCGUCAGCGAGCUGUUGACCCCAUCCUCUCGCUCAAGCCAAUCGGGGUCACCCCAUCGCUCACGGCUGUUCAGUUUCUACCAUCCUACUGGCGACAGCCGUGAGGUCGGUCAGAGUCGCCAUACGGCAACCCAUCAUGAUACCGGUCCUGUUCCAAGGACACCUCAAGGGGGUCCUCAAGGGAGACCCGAGGCCCACGCAGACCCCUUCUCGCGGCCGACGACUGGGAAUCUGCCUUCUCUCUCUCAAAUGUCCAUAUACACACCCGGAAAUGAGGCUCGCAUGCAUGCGAGCAUCCGUACAGAUGUCCCACAGCAACUAGCGCACCAAUCUCCCUUUACACCCCAGGCUCAUGCGUACCCCGAUAAGGAAAUAAGGGAAGAGAACCCAUCGCCAGUGGCUCACGAGAUCGGAAGCGCGGCAGCAAAUCAACCCCAGACGGCUCAAGUCCGUCCUCAUGUGGUCGACGAGCGGUACAUAGAGGGUGAAGGCUGGUGUUACAUCUACGCUGACGGGUCCCAUUGUCCCAAGACCAUUGACGGUGUGGCUGUAAACGCCAACUGGGGCGUAACUAAGGCCGGAAAACCGCGGAAAAGAUUGGCACAAGCCUGCCUUACCUGCCGGGAGAAGAAGAUCAAGUGCCAACCUAAUCUCCCAAAAUGCGACCAAUGUCAGAAGUCGGGAAGGGAGUGCCGGUUCGAGAGCGCACCACGAGGGAACCGUGCAGCAGCGAAAGCCAACACGCAUGUCAACAGAUAUGACGCGAGAGACACCUCCUCCUCCUUUGCCGGUCAUCACCCUUCUAGCUCAUCCAACUCGAUCUACUCCGUCGUAAGGGCUUCUGAAAGCUCCGCAUCCCUCCCUGGCACCAAUUCACAGUCGCCAAUGUCUGAGGCCUCCAUGCUUACACCCCCUGCCAUCAACAGUGUCCACGAACCUAGCCUGGAAUCGGAUCAACUUUACAGAGCGAGACGACAGAGCCUCGGCAGGCCAUCUGCCGGCGCUGAGGAUCUAAAUCGGCGGUCUGUGGAAGGCAACUCAGCCCGUGCUACACCUGAUUACACUGAGAUCUUGAUGGAAAUGAGAGAUCUGGACCCACACGAUCCCCUUGCGCACGAGUGGAACACGGAUCCUUAUGAAAGCGAUGCGGAACUUACAACUCACUAUGUUGAAAAUUAUUUCACUCAUGUGAACGACAGCUUGUAUUAUAUAUUCCCCCGAAGGCGCUUCCUCUUGUGGUUAAGAUCGUGCCAUACGAAGUCGCUGGAGGACAACAUGCUUCUUUACUCAAUGAUGACCUUGGGAGCGAUUUUCUCGGAUCGACCUGACAGACUUGCGGCCAUGAAGAGGGCCUCACGCACGGCCCGCUACGCCGUGGAACAUAGUCGUCAUAACCUCUCUUUGCAGCUCGCACAAUCUCGGAUUAUCAUGAGCCUUUGGUAUUACGCCAUCGGUACUCUAGAGAAGUCCUGGGAUGCUGUCGGUGCUGCAGUUCGAACGGUAUGUGGAUUACGGUACAAUGUUGAGUCGGGAGGGGUUAUUGUGGAUCGAAACCGGGUCUGCGAAUAUGGCUUGCAUCCCCAGGCCCUGAUAGAAUGUCGUCGUAGGACAUUCUGGGUCGCCUUUUUGAUGGAUGUGAGUGCUCUUCCCCUGCCGUCCCAGCAGUUCGAUAUUGGGAGCCAGCUAACCACAGCUUAUAUUAGAUUGCCUUGUCGCGAAGAAGUUUUCGAGGCUCAGCAAUAUACGACUGUACCAUACUUUCAAAGCUUCCUCAAUCAGCCGCCCGCAUCAACGGAUGAUGAGCUCUCCGAAUUGAGUGCCAUGGCGCUUCUGAUAGAAAUGGUAUCUCUUUGGGGAGAGGUAUCGGAUCACGUCUUCCGCUUGUCCCUGGUUCCUGUGGAGUCAUCCACCACUCCGUUCGAGGAUUUUUAUGCCACAAUCUGCCGGCGUGCAGACGCAUGGGUUGCCAGGCUGCCAGAACAUUUGAGAUUCAGCGCUCUGAAUAUGGAGCGAAGCGUUCGGGCGAGAAAACCUGAUCCGUUUUUCUCGAUACAUCUGUUAUAUCAUGCAACAAUGAUGAAACUGAAUAGACAUGCGCGUGGCCAGGACUUUCGCGCUAAGUUUGUGAGCAGGCAUGUUCGCACGGCCAGGACUCAUGCGGCGGAGACCCUGCGAAUUGCUCUCGCUUUGGCGCAUUACGCGGCUGAAUAUGACGCAUCGCAAGUCGUCAUAGACUCCGCAUCCUCGCAAGCAACUAUUCUAAACCCUUUCCUAGGCUAUGUGAUCCUGUCCGCAGUGGACAUCCUUAGUGCGGCCGGGUUGGUAGCUGAUAUGCCUGAAUGCGUCAAUCUCAUCAGAGGUGGCCUUGAGGCUGUCAAGGAGCUGGGUCGUUUUUGGGAGAGCUCGCUGUCAUUAGUGUCUCUCAUCGAGACUCGCCUGGAGCCAUUGAUGGAACUCCUCCACUGCCCGACCGAGCUGGACCGUAAGAUGGUGUUUGUUGCGAAGGGUCAUUCCCUGGACAGCCGGAUUCAGAACCAGCAGAGCCCGAUCACCGAAGAUCUUUUCUAUGGUGCUCUGCCCCACGACAGACUAUUCAGCGCGUUGGGGCUGGAAGACGCUUCAUGGACAGAAUCCAACAUACUCUGGAUCAGAGAAACAGACUGA